AUCCCGUUCGUUCCAAAUCUCGGUGCGUUUUCUUACGGCAACAGCACUACAUAACGGAGAAAAAAAAAUAAAGAAAAGAAAGAAAAAAAAGAGUCUUUCUCUCUCUCUAGGCCUCGGUCUGGCGUGGCUUCUUCCCAAUCGCCUGCUCCCUCUUCCAAAGCCCAUAUCCAUAGUUCGGUAUGAACUCCAUGGAUUCGUACAGCUCCAAUUGCUGUGAUAUUUUUGAGGUUUAUCGCCAAUUCUGUGAUAUUGGAUCAGGGAAUCUGUAUUUUCAAGGGGAAGAAGGAUACAGAAAAAAUGAGGAAUCGCAAAUGGCUCAAUGUUUACGGGAGGCAUUGACUCAGCUUUCAAAACUGGUAGAGUCAAGACUACAUGCAAGGAUGUCAGUUUUUGAUGAAAUUCUCAAGCUUAUGUCCCAACUCAACUUGAUGGUUGAUUUUUCCGAAUUCUCACGCUUCUAUGAAUUUGUUUUUUUUCUUUGCCGUGAAAAUGGUCAAAAGAACAUCUCUGUAAAAAAGGCUGUUACUGCAUGGAGAUUAGUUCUUGCUGGGAGGUUUCGAUUGCUUAAUCAAUGGUGUGAGUUUGUUGAGAAAAAUCAGCGGCAUAAUAUCUCAGAGGAUACUUGGCGACAAGUUUUAGCAUUCAGUCGCUGUGUACAUGAAAAUUUGGAAGGAUAUGAUCCUGAAGGAGCUUGGCCUGUAUUAGUAGAUGACUUCGUUGAGCACAUGUACAGGGUUUCUGGAUCUAAUGAAAAUCGCAACUUUUCAUGCAACUGUGGUGACUCAGAAACUGAGUCUGGUGUAUGUGACGACUCCCUUCCCGGAUUGAAAAACUUUCCUGGCUUGAAGAGGAAGACCCUGGAUGACCUUGGAAAAGAUGAUUUGGGAUCCUUAAUAACGAUCUUUCCAGAUAGUACCAACUUAAAUCCUGUAAUGAGCUUAAAGAGAAAUAGGUCGAUUACUUACAGACCAGCCAACUGGGAGGAUGAUGACUUUAUGGAUAUCACCAGAUGUAAUAAUUCUCAGUUGAAUGCUUCUACCAAGUCUCCAUGUGCAAUUGAAGGUUGUAUGUCAAAAGUAGUAGCAGGGGGGAUCUUCCCAACAACGCGCUCCUGUUUGCGCGUAAAACAGGAAGCACGUUCUUCCUUUGCUCAGAACUACAAAUCCUCUACUGCUGAAAAACUCUUGCAUAAAGUGACUUAAGUUUGAUAAUAUAAUUUACGUUUGUCAUUUUUAUGUUCACCAUGUUUUCUCAUUCUUGGAAUUGUUUAUUAGUGUGGCCAUUUUAUUAAAAAAUCAAUAAAAUUUUGUUGUGCCAUUGGGGCAGUGAA